AUGUCCCGUUUAUCAGAUUAUCGUCUUCUCUGCUUCGAUGUCUACGGCACACUCAUCGACUGGGAAAGUGGAAUCAUCACCGCACUCCAGCCGAUCCUCCAACACAGCCAGACCGAGUUCACUCGGAAGCAUCUACUGACCAUCUAUCAUGAGCUCGAAAGCGAACAGCAGCGCCUUACCCCAGACAAACCAUACUCCCAGCUUCUCUCUACUAUACACCCCCUCCUGGCCCAUAGACUAGAACUACCUACUCCUAGUGAAGAGGAAAGCACCCAGUUCGGCGAGUCAGUGGGCUCUUGGCCGGCCUUCCCCGAUACUGUGGAGGCCCUGCACCGCCUACAGAAGCACUACAAGCUCGUGGUCCUCUCCAAUGUCGACCGGGCUUCCUUCGCCCAGUCCAACGCUGGCAGUCUACAGGGGUUUCCCUUUGAUCUGAUUAUUACCGCUGAACACGUGGGCUCUUACAAGCCCGACGCGCGGAACUUUGCGUAUAUGAAGAAAGCUGUACAUGCAGACUUGGGCGUUGAGCCGGCACAGAUCUUGCAGACGGCACAAAGUCAGUUCCAUGAUCAUCAGCCCGCAUCUCGGGCGGGAAUUCGGUCAGUGUGGAUCGAGAGACCUGGUGCCACGAUGGGGACUGGAGAGGAAGCUCCCAUUUUUGAUUGGCGCUUUGACACGCUGGGUGAAAUGGCAGAUGCCUUGCAGAAUGAGGAUUGA